UAUAUUAGUAUGGCAACGCCACCUGCAGAACCGUUACACGCGAUUCGUCGACCAGUCGACCACCGGUCACCGCCGUUCUGCUUUCAGGCGUUUUGUCCUUUCCCAGCGACACGCGCAUCCUAUUACACUCCUUCGUGUUCGUGCUCAUAAGUCGCCGGCGUCGAGCACGCCACCGUUACCAGACAGCACCCCGACACCGAUUGCCACGCCAACGCUUUGCCGACGAUCGUCUCUGCUUCGUUGCUCCUCCUCCUCCUGUCGACAGCGCGCUCCGAUCAAGGUGUACAUGAUGACGCUCCUCGCAUUCGCCGCAUUGGCCUCGAUGGCUACAGCACUGGCUGGUCCCAAUUUUUUCGAUGCCUCAAAGUAUCCAUUUUCCGGCGCUGGCGACGGAACGUUCUAUUCUAAUUCGGCAGACGGCAAUGCCUGCCUCUUGCCCGCUCCACUCAUCCCAACUCGGUUUGCAGCCGUGGCUGCGCCGAUCUGGAAUGGCUCAGCCCUCUGCGGUGCUUGUGCUCGGGUCACCGGUGACAACGGCAACACGGUAGACGUCCAGCUGCUCAACGAAUGCGGCAAUUGCGCAGGCGCGGGCAACCUUGACAUGUCCGACGAGGCAUGGCUACAAGUGUAUCAUCCUCUCAGCAUCGGCCGAGCGCACAUCUCCUGGGAGCUCAUCGACUGUGCUGAAGCCUGCUUGGUCGAUGAACCCGACGUGCCUCAGGUCAUGUACAAGCAACACACAACCAAGGACUGGGCUGCUGUACAGCCUCAGGACAUAACAGCACCACUCAUGACGUUCGAACUCAAGAACAGCCAGGACGCCAACUUUCGUCAACUCUACCGUCAGAACUUCAACUACUGGACUCUCACAAAAGAUGGUGGCUCGUUCGGCCCAGGUCCAUGGACCUACAGAGGCACAUUCGCAGACGGCACAACGAAGAUCUAUCAAAGCAAUAGCUUCAACAUUGGCGAGUUCUAGCGCAGGACGCUCGAUGACGACAAUGCUUCGAUGACCGAAGAUGAAAAAGCAAUGCAUUCUGAAGUGGCCAGCCAACUUCUCAUUGAGGCCAUAAUGAUGUGUGGCUAAUGUGGACCACGAGCAUGGCCAGCCUUGCCCUUGCGCGCUGAGGUCAUUUUCUCUCGCACAUGGUGAACUCUGUGAGGCGUGUUGAAGG